AUGAGUCAACUAAAUGUUGUACAUCUUGCUAAUGUUGUUUUGUAUUUAAACAAUACACUCACAUUUCAAAAUUUUAUUAAAGUUAAUUCUCGAUGUAAAGAAGCUGUGAAAAUGAUUAGAAUUAAUCCACCAAAAGUACUUUUAUAUGCACCCUUCUUAUUUAACAAUAUACCGAAUAUUAAUACAUUAAAACUAGAUGCUGUUAAUGCACAAAGAACUUUUACUCAUCAAGAAUUAGAAAGGAUUUCAUGGAUUGACUCAUCAGAGGAUCCAUGCCAAAUAGAGGUUUUAAAUGACUUUAUUGCACAGAAAAUAAUUUCAUUAAAAAUUCAUUAUAAAGACAUUCAACACCUUUAUAAAUUUAAAAAUAUUAGGAAAUUAAUUGUUAUUGAAGUAAAUUCUAUUAAUAAAAUAGAAUUUGAUGCAUUCAAAAGUCAGUAUAAACUUGAAAAAAUAAUUCUUUAUUUUAAAACUAUUAGUUGUAAAGUUGCAGAUUUUAUUUUAAAGGAGAGUACAAAUGUUAAAAUUCAAUUUACUAUCAUUUAUAAUAAUCCAAUUAAUUGGCAAUUAAUUGGAAAUUUUAAAGUUCAAUUCUAUUUAUAUAAGAACUUAAUUACAUUACCUCAAAAAAGUGUUAAAGAAGAGUUAAAACCAAAAAGAGAAGUAAUAAUUAAUACAAAUGAUAUUAAUCAAUUAAAAUUUGAAAGGUUCAUUGAUGGAAUUGACUUAACUUCGAUUAUUAAUUUAAAAAUUGAUUGUACAGAAUUCUUAAUGAAAGAAAUAAGUUGCGUUGAGAUGUGUAAUUUAAAAGAUUUAAGCAUUCGUAUAUUCAAAAAAUCAAAGUUUAAUUUAUACCUUUCAAAGUCUAUCAAUAACUUAUCAAUUGAUGCUGAAAAUAGUCUUGUUAAUAUCAUUGGAAUUGAUUUAUAUAAUAAUUUUCAAAAUAUUAACCUUAAAUGUAAGCUUAAAACUAAUACCCAAAAUACGUCAGAUAAUUCAAGUAUAGUUAGCAUAAAUGCUACAGAAUCAAUAAAUAUAAUUUGUCCAAAGUCUUUGUUACAGAUUCAAAUAGAAGCGGUAAGUAAUUGUAAAGUAUAUAUUGAUGCUUCUUUUACUUCUUUUGUUAAUAACUAUUCAUGGGAAUCUUCUAACAUCACUUUAAUAAAUACAUAUUGUGAUUCUAGUAUUUAUAUUUUAGAACCAUCGAAAGGAAUGACACUUUACUCUCCUAAUCAUUUAAUGACAAUGAAUGGAAUUGAGAAUUUAAAUCAAAAUAUUACUAUGAUUGGAAAUUUUGAUACUGUAACACUAUUUCCUAAUAAAACUCUAGAGUCUCAAUUCUAUUACAUAAAUAAUAAACUCAAUAACAUCACUAUUAAGAUAGAUUCACAACCUAAAAAAAUAGAAAUAUUCCAAGUCUCAACAUUCUUUUUUGAACAAGAAAAUUUAACUUGUAGUAACUUUUUUGUCAAAAUUAUUGCUGAUAAUUUUAAUAAAAAAGAUAUUCAAUCAAUUUUACAUAACUUUUCUACAUGCAUUUAUGAAAAACCUGAAGAUAUUCAAGUCAUUUAUGGUCCUACUGAAGUUACUCUUAACCUUGGUUUAAUAAAACAAAAAGUUCAAUCCCUAUAUGAAAUUCCAUCAUUCCAAAAAAUUCAAGUCAAAGAGCAUGAACUUGUUUUUUAUUUUCAUAAAUCAAAUAACCAAAUAAAACGUUUAAUUAAUAAACAAAUUAGUCAUGUUGAAGAAAAACAGAUAAAGAAAUAUGGUAAAAACUUCAAACCAGAUUAUAAAAUUGAUGAUAAUGAUGAUGACUUUUAUGAAUAUGACAAUUCAGAAGAAGAGUUUUUAACCAAAGACAUGGAACAAUUCAUUUUUCAAGGUCAAGAUAAUUAA